AUGUUGACAAGAGGAAUUACAGCUACUGAAUUUCUGAAGAGUAGAUUAUGGGAAAAAGGUCCUGAUUGGUUAACUGAUGAAAGUCGGUACCCGAGCCAACCAGCUGUUGUAACAACUGUUUUACUCGCAGAAGAACAAGAUGAUACACUUGUUACCAUGAAAACCUACGGAAUUCACAAUGUCAUUGAUAUCAACAGAUUUAGCCGUUACAGAAAGCUUCUUAGGGUGACAGCCUAUAUGAUGAGAUUCAUUCAACAUUGCCGAUCUGCGAGAACUUCCGAUAAUACGUCAACUCUGACGUUAACUGUAAAAGAACUUGCCGAUGCAGAGAAGAUGUGGCUUCACAAUUGCCAAGCAACCACCUAUAGCGCUGAGAUUACAUGUAUCAAGACCGGAAGGAGAAACCUUACGUUUGUUAGGCAACUACAAUUAUACCUUGACAAUAAUGGCUGCAUUCGCUAUUGUGGUAGGAUUCAUAACGCACCUUUAGCUGAGCAAACCCGAUUUCCAUAUCUGCUUCCGGCAAACCACCAACUGACGAAACUUGUAAUUAUAGACGCCCAUGAAAGACACUUACACGCAGGUACGAGUGCACUUAUUACCCAUAUACGCCAGAAAUAUUGGAUUCCAUCGAUUCGCCAGUGUAUUCAGAAAUUACUCCGGAAGUGUAACCAGUGCCGCCGAUUGUCAGGGAGACCGUACACAGCGCCAGAUCCACCACCUUUGCCAAAGAUACGAGUUCAAGAUACACAACCUUUUACUGUGACUAGAGUUGAUUUCACCGGAGCUUUACAUGUACGAGGAAAAAACAAAAAUGAGAAGGCAUACACUUGUCUUUUUACUUGUGCUUCGACCAGAGCUGUUCAUCUAGAAGUAGUCUCAGAUAUGACUCAAUCUUCAUUUUUACAAGCGUUUAGGCGAUUCAGUAGCAGAAAAUCUCUACCAAAGGUUAUGAUAUCUGAUAACGGAACAACUUUUCAAGCAGCAGCAAAUACAAUACGCCAUUUAAUGAAUUCUACUUCCGUAAAAGACACGUUACACAACCAUGGUACAGAGUGGCGAUUUAUUCCCAAGCGCGCUCCCUGGUUUGGUGGUUGGUGGGAAAGAUUAAUCGGUGUUACCAAAACAGCUAUCAAAAAGGUUCUUGGUAGUGCAUACGUCACUUAUGAUACUCUCCAAACAAUCGUAACAGAGAUAGAAAGCGUCAUGAACGACCGUCCAUUGACUUACGUAACGUCAGAGUCAACCGACACAGAACCAAUUACACCAGCUCAUUUGCUAUACAGACGGCGUUUGACAACCCUGCCUUACAAUGAAGAUAUAUCGGAACCAAAACCAGUUUCAAGAGAUGGGAUCACCAAACAAGCGAGAGUACAGUCACAGAUCAUUAGCCAUUUCCGGGAUAGAUGGCGCCACGAGUACUUGACGUCAUUACGCCAGUAUCACAAAACUACGGGAAACAAUAUACAAACGAUUAAGGUCGGUGAUGUAGUAAUUAUUCAUGAUGAAACCCCGAAAUCACAGUGGAAAUUAGGAACUAUUGAACAAUUGAUCACUGGUAAAGAUGGAUUGACACGAGCGGCCAUGGUUCGCACCAGUAACGGGCACACUACAUCAAGACCAUUUGUAAAGCUGUACCCCCUUGAGACUAUGUAA